GAGAUUCGAGAGAUGCACGUGUUUUGUUUUACUUGUCAAAAGGUUGUUGAAGUGUAGUAAAACAAAUCUUUCUAAAUUAUUGUUAAACAUGUCUACCAAUAAAUCCACGGCACCGGUUCUGUUUUCGGACCUACAAUUGUCCGCAAGCACAUUAAAAGGGUUGAAUGAGUGCAAUUAUCGGGAGCUAACUGAAAUUCAACGUAGGACAAUCGGUUGGGCACUCCAAGGAUAUGAUAUCGUUGCAGCAGCUAAAACUGGAAGUGGGAAAACGUUGGCUUUUUUGGUGCCGAUUAUAGAACAUUUAUAUAAUGAAAAGUGGGAGAAGAACCAUGGACUCCGAGCGUUGAUCAUUGCUCCCGUUCGAGAACUGGCGCAACAAAUAUAUGAUGUACUUGGAAAAGUGGCCAAAUACCAUGAUGUAUCAAUAGGAUUGAUCAUCGGUGGAAAAGGUUUGGGUAGAGAGAGGAAAAAUAUUGAUUGUUGCAACAUUUUAAUAGGUACACCAGGUCGCAUUCUGCAACACAUGGAUGAAACUUUUAUAUUCAAUUGUAGUUAUACAAAGUAUGUAGUUUUGGAUGAAGCAGAUCGAUGCCUAGAUAUGGGCUUUAAGCAACAGAUGGAUUCUAUUAUAGAAAAUUUACCAGCUGAACGUCAAACACUAUUAUUCUCUGCCACUCAAACAAAAUCUGUUGAAGAUUUAGCUAGACUCAGCUUAAAGAAGAAUGCUAAGUAUAUCUCUGUGCAUGAACAUGCAACUUAUGCUACGCCAGAUGGCUUGCAACAACUGUACAUGAUUUGUAAUUUGGGUGACAAACUUUCUUUAUUAUGGUCUUUUUUAAGAAGACAUCAAAAACACAAAAUUGUUGUAUUUUUUUCAACCUGCCAACAGGUCAAAUUUGUGCAUGAAGCUUUUCGACAAAUGAAACCUAGACUGACAAUGGGUUUAUUGGCUUUAUAUGGAACCCUUCAUCAAGAAAGAAGACUGAAAAUUUAUGCAGAGUUUGGUAGAAAGCAACAUGCAGUUAUGUUUGCCACAGAUAUUGCAUCUAGAGGGCUUGAUUUUUCAAAUGUGACCUGGAUUGUACAGAUGGAUUGUCCAGAAGAUGUCCAAACCUACAUUCAUCGAGCUGGAAGAAGUGCUAGGAUGAAUAAAGGUGGAGAAUCAUUAUUGGUUCUUUUACCUAGUGAAUUAAAAAUGAUUGAAAAAUUACAAAGCAAUAAUGUUCCAAUCAAACAAUCUAAAGUCAACCAUAAAGAAUUACAACCGAUUCAAAAACAAUUAGAAGCAUGGAUUGGAAAAUAUCCAAAUCACAAAGAAUGUGCUCAAAGAGCUCUAAAGACCUAUGUUAAGUCAGUGUUCUACAUGAAGGAUAAAAGUAUUUUUGAUUUUAAAGCUUUAGAUACUGAUUCAUUUGCAAGAUCUCUUGGCCUAUCAGAAACUCCGAGAGUCCGAGCUUUAGAAAGAAGAGAAAAAAAUGAAGCGAAAAAAAAGAGAUCAAAGAAUAAAGAUGGUGAAUCGAGUGACGAAGAUGUGAAAAAGAUCGAUAUCAAUCAUAAAAACGAAAUUUCAACUUUCCAUGAUGACGACGAUGAAAGUGAUGAUUGCCUCACAAUCAAAAGGAAAAAUGUCCAAAUUGAUGAUAAUGAAGAUUCAGAACUGGAAAAUACUUGUGUUUCUAAAAAAGUUGUCACCAAAGCUGCUGCAGCUAAAAAAACUUUAAGGAAGAAUAUAGUUCCUAAUAAAAAAAUUAACUUUGAUGAAGAAGGACAGGAAAUAAUUGAUCCUGCUAAAUCAAAAGUGUCAAAUUUAGGAAGAGAAUAUGAGAAUGAAGAGACUUCUGGUAUUAAUAUUACUGUAGCAAGAGAAAUUCUUAAAGAAGAAGACAAAGUAGAUAAACUAAGAUACCAACAAAAAAUUAGAGAAAAGCAUAGAGAAGAAAAAAUGAAACGCAAAGCUUUGAAAAAAGGACAAAAAGAUGAAGAAGAUAAUGAUGAUGCUGAUGAAUCCUACGAUUCUGGAGAAGAGAGCAGUGAGUCUGAAUCUCUAAACCAAUUGAUAAGUGAUUUACCAGAUCCUGAUAAAAUUUAUGGUAAAAAAGAAAAUACUUCAGAUGAAGAGAGUGAUAAUGAUGGUGAAGAUGUAAUUCACAGAUCAAAACGAAAACUUGUUACACUGGAUGAAAUUGAAAAUAAAAGACAAAAAUCAGAUUCGUCGGAUGACGAAGAUGAUAACGAGGUUCAGCACAGUUUAAAAACUGACGAAGAGCUGGCUUUGCAGCUUUUACGGGGAUAAACGAUUCCUUUUUAAUGGAAUAAAUAAAUGACUCUUCAAUGAAUUAUGUAAAAUUUAUACUUGUAUAUA